AUGGUGUUCGUUUCCAUGCCUAUUUCCUUCUCAAAGGCAACUGUCCCCACGAUCAAGUCAAAGAUGGAAAAUCUCCUUGUAGAUGUCAAGAAAUGGAUGACAACUAACAUGCUUAAGUUAAAUGAUGACAAGACGGAAAUAAUUGCUUUAGAUGGCCCUCGUCGUACCCCAGUGGAACUACAGUCUUUGAAAGUGGGUGAUGAGGUAGUGGGAAUCUCGAAGGUUAUUCGACUUCUUGGAGUUGACAUUGAUGCAAGCUUAUCUCUCAAACAUCACAUUUGCAAUGUUGCAAGGAAAUGUACAUUUAUGCUGAAGAACAUGUUCAAAAUCGAUCAGACGCGUGGUGUCAUGCUAAGUGGUGGACAGCGGGCUAGAGUAGCUUUGGCACGCGCAGUGUAUUCCGAUGCUGACAUCGUGUUAUUGGAUGAUCCAUUGAGUGCUGUGGAUGCAAAAGUUGGAGAACACAUCUUGAACCAGUGCAUAUGUGGAGAGCUGUCAACAAAGAUGAGGAUCCUCGCAACACAUCAAGUGCAACAUCUUCACCGAGCUGAUCAAGUGGUGGUCUUGAAAGAAGGYAGUAUUAUCUCCCAAGGAUCCUACAAAGAUCUAUCUGAAACUCAGGGUCUGCAUGACCUGAUUGGGAAGAUCAAAMAUAUUAAAUCUGGCAGCAAACCAAYGUUGUCUUCCAGCUAUAAAAUUGAAGAGGAGGAAAUGGAUAAAGAAAGCGAAUUAAUUGAUCUACGCGAGGAAGAGGARGAGAUGGCUUGGGGAUCAGUUUCAUUGAAUCUCUACUGGAGAUAUUUUAGAUGGGGUCUACCGAGUUGGCUAGUGAUAUGCCUCUUUCUAUAUGCUGUAAUCGCUGAAGCGUAUCCUUUCAGUUCUUUCUGGUGGUUAAAGGUUAUAUCUACAAUGCCACAUGAAGAACAGAAAAGUCUCUAUGCUCUUGGUAUAUAUGGAGGUCUMUUAGCAGGAAAUCUGAUMGUGCCKUUUUUAAAAGUUUCGUUUAUGUUGCUGACAUUGUUGAGAUCUUCUGAGAAUAUACACGACAAGAUGACAAUGGCUGUCCUAAAAUCACCUGUAACAUUCUUUGACACCAAUCCUGUUGGAAGAAUUAUCAACCGUUUCUCCAAGGACAUCGGUGUAAUGGACGAUACUUUACCGAUAAGAUUCGUGUCUUCAUCAUGUAGCAUUAUUUUUUUCUUUUUGGUGUUAACAUUCACAUCUGUUUUGAAUUACUGGUAUAUCUUGAUGUCUAUUCCCACAGUUUUUCUCUUCAUUGUGAUUUGUCGAUAUUUUCUCAGACCAGCUCGAGAUAUCUCCAGAUUGGAAGCCCUGCUAUACAGUCCUGUGUGCGACCAUGUUUCAGAGACAAUGGAUGGACUGGAAGUAAUUCAUUGUUUAAACAUGGAGGAUCAGAAUCUAAAGAAAUUUAACAGAAUGGGACAUGCGUCGUUUGGCAUAGCGAUGUUUACUGAAAUUGAAACGUCGAUGACAGCAGUUGAACGAGUAAUGAAAUACACUCAACUACCCUCUGAACCAGGUUAUCAAAUGAAUGGAGAGCCACCAAACGACUGGCCAAAUCAAGGAGCUCUUGUUGUGAAAGAUCUGUCUCUGAAAUAUUUGAAAGGAGGAGCUAGUGUCUUAGAUGACAUCAGCUUUGAAGUGAAAUCUCACGAAAGGGUAGGAGUUGCUGGUCGAACUGGAGCUGGAAAAUCUUCUUUGGUAGCUGCAUUGUUUCGCAUGCCCGACCCUCAAGGAUAUGUAAUCAUUGAUGGUGUAGAUCUUGGUACCUUGAACAUUCAAGCUGCUCGACGAUCCAUCUCCGUCAUUUCUCAGAACCCGAUUCUUUUCAGUGGAAGUCUCAAACACAGUCUCGAUCCAUUUCAUCAUUUUGCCGAGGAGGAGAUUUGGGCAGCACUAGAUGUGGUGCAAAUGAAAGAACGUGUCAGUAAAUUGCAAGGUCUUCUAGAAUACUCCAUCGGUGAUGGUGGAUCAGGGUUUAGUGUUGGUGAGACGCAGUUGUUGUGUCUUGCUCGAGCAAUCCUUCAAAGAUGCAAAGUUCUUGUGUUGGAUGAAGCAACAGCCAACGUGGAUUACAAAACCGAUCAGCUUGUCCAACAAGUCAUCAGGGAGAAGUUCAGUCAUUGUACAGUGUUGACCAUUGCACAUCGACUAAACACUAUCAUGGAUUACGAUAGGGUACUGGUACUUGAMCGUGGUCACGUGGUAGAAUACGAUAAACCAGAAAUACUUGCUUCUAAGACCGAUGGGGUUUUCGCACAGCUGUUUAAAAGUCAUAAUGGCUAA